GCUACCACACCGACCUUAUCACUGCAAGUCAAAUGGUCUGCUAAUAUGGUUGUACAGCAAGCAGUCAUAUGCAUAUAUGUAACGCAGCACAUGCUAAUUAGCUAUUCAUAUAUUACGAAUGACGUAAUUAGCUAUUGUUGACUGUCAGACGGCAGGCUGGCUAAUUAGCUCGGCUAUUAGCUAGCUUAGCAGCUAUAGGAGCAGGGGAGCUUGCUCGCUAAUUGACCUAGUUCAGUGGGGCAGAGGCCAUGUUGUCAUUCCACUCGGCUGAGCUGUGUUUACGUUAUAAGUUUGUGGCUUGUUACUUUUAGGUCACACUUUUUAGGACAAUUAUUUGGACCUGUAAACAAAUAACCACUCCAAAUACUGUGACAAACUUAAUGCACUUGACGCUAAUUACUUAAAUCCUCUCAUCUUGGAAUGCGAAAUAUGCCGUUCAUUUUUAACCCAUUGCUUAAGGCAUGACUCAACCAACUCAAUCCCAUGGACACAUGCUAGGAUACAGUGCAGGAUAGAAGACAUGCCAAAUAAACAGGUUGUAGAGAUGGAGUCCCUGAUGAGUGCGGUGGCGCCGCGCUCCCCUGCCCCCGCCAAGAAGCUGUCAGAGGUGGACUUCCGGUCGGGGGCCACCUUGGAGCAGUUGUCAGCCCAGGUGUCUGAGCUGGUAUUACUGGAACAGGGAGAGUUCGGAGACCAGACCGCCUUAGAGGUCCACACCGCCAAGGACUUUAUCUUCAACAUGCUAGGCUUAGUCCAAAAGGUAGACCAGCGCCUCCCGGUGGCCAACGAGUACCUGCUGCUGUCCGGCGGGGCCCGGGAGGGCGUGUUGGACCUCAGCCCCGAGGACCUGGGCGACUACGCAAAAGGGGCCGACUUUGACCUGGACUUCACCCUGCUGGUACCCGCCCUCAAGCUCCAUGACCGCAACCAGCCAGUCACCCUGGACAUGAGGCACUCGCCGCCCUGCCACUCGUGGCUCAGCCUUCGCCUCUGCGACUCCAACGUCAUGUCCCGCUGGAGCAUCUGCUGCCAGGAGGAGAACGGGUUUCCCCCUGAGGAAGACGAGGAGGAGGAGCAAGAAAUGAGUAAAGGCUCUAUCCCCUCCCUGGACUCCCCUCAGUCUCUGGACGGAUGCUACUUCUCUCCCUCCCUGGUGACGGACUGGUUCUGGGGGGUGGUGAGCGAGGCUGUGGAGGAGCUGAGACGCAGCCCCCAGAGAGGCAUUCCCAGCCCGGACCGACUGGAGAGGAAUGGUCCCCUCACCACUAUCAUCCUCCAGGCUGGCUCUAGCCGGGUGCUGUACGACCUGCUGCCUGUGGUGUCGUUUCGUGGCUGGCCUGCAGUGGCUCAAGGCUGGCUGACUGCCAACCACUUCUGGGAUGGUAAAAUCACAGAGGAGGAAGCCAUAUCUGGCUUCUAUCUGCUGCCCUGCUGCUCCCCGCUGGGCGGUCGGCCCGACAGGGAGUGGAGGCUGGCGUUCUCACGCAGCGAGGUUCAGCUGAAGAAGUGCAUCCCUUACCCCAUGGCCCAGGCUUUCCAAGCAGCCAAAGCUGUGUUGUCUCGUAUCCUGGCUCGCCCACGCGCGGGCCUCAGCCUCUACCAUCUGCGGACCCUUCUCUUCUGGGCCUGUGACCGACUUCCUUCCGCCUAUCUGUCCUGCUCCGAUGCCGACACCCCUGGCCGCCUCCUCCUAGGCCUCCUGGAUGACCUGGCUCAUUGCAUCCUGGGUAAAAACUGCCCCAACUACUUCCUGCCCCAGUGCAACAUGCUGGAGCACCUCACAGACAGCCAGGCACUGCUCGUCGCCAGGAAACUGGCCCACGUGCGCUCGGAUCCCAGCGAGCACCUGCGGGCGGCCCUGGACCAAGCCCAGCAGGCGGGCCAGCUGAAGAAGGAGCUAACAGCGAGCACCAACGGCCACGGCUCCCCCGGGCACCACCCGGCCAACGGCAUCAUCUCCCCCUCGGAGGACAAGCUGGCACAGCGGCUGCAGCAGUUGGUCACCGAGAACCCUGGGAAAUCCAUAUCCGUCUUCCUCAACCCGGACGAUGUCACCAGGCCACACUUUCGCAUCGAUGACAAGUUCUACUGACGCAGACGUGCUGCAGAGGAGACGUGUGGAAAUGUGUGUGUCUCUGAGAUGUUUCAUCAGAGGCUUGGGGGAGUAAAAAAUCAGGCAGGUGUUUUUCUUCAAAAUCCUGCAAGCUGAACCCACUCCUGCUGUUCCCCAUCCCAACGCUGAACAAUGCAACUAAAAGCCUUGCUGCUUGACUGACUCUUCAAACCAAAAAACACACAUGUCCUACUACUGACAAAUGACGCCGACGUCGCACAACAGACACGAUGUCACCGAGCAGUUGCCACGGAGGCGGCCCUCUCCUAACGAGCUGGCCUUAACGAGACUUAUCAGCUGGUGCUACCAAGACGAGGGCCGGCUUUAGUGGUGUGUAAUAAGUCGUGCAAUGCAGCGUGCGUGCAUAUGUACACCUAAGGGUUUUCACAUAUUACUUAAAAUUCUAAAGACGGAGGGAGAAAAUCUCCUUGAUUGCUGCAUUUCUCUCCUUUUUAGUUUAGAUCAGAGCAGAGUGGCUGAUUUAGAAAAGAAAAAUCCAGGUGUGGCUGAUGUAACUGAAUGUAAUGUUGUGAGGCGAACUGCAGAGUCUAAACCAAGAAUCUCUUUUCUCUGUCAAAUACAUUAAUCCCUCUUUUUUUUUUUUUUGACCCCCACGCCUCGAUUUAUGGCAUCUUUUUGAUUUCAAACAAAAUCUUUCUCAGGUAUUCAUAAUGCUUAUCCUUUUUUAAUGUACACUGUAUGAUUCUUAAAGGUCUUAAACUAUAUUUCAAUGGCGCUUACAUUUCGUUGGGUAAUGGAAUGUACCAAAGAGCUGCGUUUGAGCGGUUUCGUAAAGAGAAACAUUCCUCUUACAUAUCCCUAAAUAUCUCAUUUUCAUCGUACGAAUGUUGAUUAACCUUUUCUCCUUCUGAGAGUCUGGUCACAUGAGCAUUAUAAAAUGGCAAAAGAAAAAUUGCGGCGAAAUCAAUUGAUUCCAAUGGAAUGGGUGGCGAUUAAGUGCUUGCGAGGCAAAGUAAAUUCUGACUUUUGAGGGAGUACCUUAGAGUCAAACAUGGAGGAAGCUAUUAGCUUAUUAGCUGUAUUGCAUCAUCCAAUUAUAUUUAACCUCCUCUGUUGGAGUACAAUCAGCCCCACGAAAGAGGCUUUGCAGACAGUUUGGAAACAGGAGUCAAUAGCCAUGUUUCCAUCCGCUCGUUUUUAUGCGUAGUAUCGGAUGAAAAAUGCCUCAUGGAAAUUCUGUAUGUUUUGUAUGUUCGAUCUCAUCAUCGGAUUUUCUCUUCACGGUAAACGGCUUAUGCGAUAUACACACCGAUGGAAGCGUGAUUUGCCGAAUAUAAAUAAAUUGCAGUCGUUGUUGUCUUAUUAUAGCUUGAUAUGUCGCUAUCAGCCGGCACAUAAGCACUAGUACAACUUGUGCAAUAUGAAUCAUUUGUAGUUAGACAGCGCGAUCCAUUUUGGCUAGCAAAGCUUUGUUCGCAAAUGGUAGCUCGAAUGUUGUGCGAUUCGGUAAAAAUGCAUUGAAACACCUUAAAAUGUCUCAAAUCUAUUCAAUAUACCAAUUUGAUUCAUGUGGCGUCAUUACGCACAGGUUUUUAUUCGCUUUAAAGCCGUUGGAUGGAAACACACUUUGGUAACCCUUUAC